AUGGAAGAUUCCACCGGAUUGUCUGACUGUGUGCGCGUGAAGGAGGAGCCCGCCGAGCCAGAAGCGGAGCCCGAGCACCCGCCGCCCGGCGCGGCGCCAGCAGUACACAUCAAAGAAGAACUACAGAAUGGACAUUAUUCAGACAGUCUGAAGAAGGCAGAGUGUGUCAAGCAAGAGACGGAGUGUGAAAAUGAAGUCAAUGAAGAUCCGUGCUCCGACAGUGAGUGUGGUGUGAGCGAGGUAGCCAUGCUGGCUGGCCUGUACACAGACCAUGACGUCAAAGAUGAGCUUGUUCUGGGACAGGAGUGUCCAUAUCGACCUGACGUCACUCUAGUAGUUAAUGGUCGGGUUGGCUCUCUGCUCCGAGAUUGUUGCGUGACACUCGAACGCCUCCCACACGUCGAGCCGCUCGCCAAGCGCAAAGACACAACUCAUACUGACACGGAAUCUGAUACUGACGAAUUAUAUGCUAGAGAGAAAGCACCGAUAUGUGAUCUGUGUGGUGAAAGCUUCAGUCUAAAGUCAGAUUUAUUGAAACACGUCAUGGAUCAUAUCCACAGGCCUUCAAGCGCGGAGCAGGAAGGCAGUGGGCACAGUUAUGCAUUUGCUGGUCAAUGGACGCAGGAGCAUGAGCGCGCCCUGUGCCGCAAACACGCUAUUCGGGACUGCUGCGUGCGCCUCGAACGACUCCAACACCACGAGGCUCUCGCCGCCAAAGACACCCAAUACAUAACUCACACUGACACUGAUUCUGAUACAGAGGAAGGACACACUAGAGUUGACUAUGAGAAACCAACAUGUGAUCUUUGCGGAGAAAGUUUUGCACUGAAAUCCGAUUUGAAGAAACAUAUCAUGAUUCAUAUCCAUGUACCUACCACACACCAUCCACAAGCGGGUACUGAUAGGGAAUCGGAUACUGAAGAGAAAAACAUCGAUAUUGACUCUAAAAAUCACUUGAAAAGACAUUUACUAAUUCACACGGACAUAAGACCAUAUCCGUGUGACGUAUGUGAAAAACGAUUUAGAACUGUGAAGUGCUUAAAACAACAUGCACGGAUUCAUAGUGACAUAAGACCAUAUUUAUGUGACGUAUGUAAAAAACGAUUUAGAACUGGGACUGAUUUAAAAAAUCAUACACUGAUUCAUGGUGACAUAAGGCCAUAUUUAUGUGGCGUAUGUAAAAAACGAUUUAGAACUGUGAGUGAUUUUAAAAAACAUACACCGAUUCAUGGAGACAUAAGACCAUAUUCGUGUGACGUAUGUGAAAAACGAUUUAGAACUAGGAGUAAAUUAAAAAUUCAUACACUGAUUCAUGGAGACAUAAGACCAUAUUCGUGUGACGUAUGUGAAAAACGAUUUAGAUAUUCGAGUGUUUUAAAACGUCAUACACUGAUUCAUGGAGACAUAAGACCAUAUUCGUGUGACGUAUGUGAAAAACGAUUUAGAACUGGGAGUAAUUUAAAAGAGCAUACACGGGUUCAUAGUGGGGAAAAACCAUACACAUGCAAAAUAUGCAACAAACGGUUCACGCAACUGUCAACCUUAAGGAAACAUGAAUUAACACAUACUGGAGUAAAGCGGUUUUCCCAUGACAUAUGUAACAAGCGGGUUGUGCGAAAAAGAGAUGUAGAGAGAGACAUUGGCACUAUUCAUUUAUUACGUAAGACUAUUUAG